AUGUGGUUCCUUGUCGGGGUCUUCUUGGAUAUCUUUCUGCUACCCGAAGUGAUCGAAAAGCAUUCAAGCAAGAAGCCCAUCUUGAUAUUCUGUUGCACACGGAAUUCAUCGCUCGCAACGGCGAAAGAAUUGGCGCGGCUUUUCUCAUUGACAAAUCCGCCCUCCAGGCUUUGGAAGGAACCUAAGAAGCGCCUCGAAGCUCAUAACGAGGAUCUCAAGGCAACGCUCGUUGCUGGCAUAGCAUUCCAUCACGCUGGGUUGGGCCCCGCUGAUCGUCACACUGUUGAGACAGGCUUCAGAGAAGGACAUAUAAGCGUCAUAUGCUGCACGUCUACACUUGCAGUUGGAAUAAACCUGCCUUGCCACCUCGUCAUAAUCAAAAAUACUGUCAGUUGGCAAGAUGGAGGCUGCAAGGAGUACUCGGACUUGGAGAUGAUGCAGAUGCUCGGCCGCGCGGGCCGACCUCAGUUCGACGAUAGUGCAACAGCAGUUAUCCUCACCAGAAAGGAACGGGUCGCCCACUACGAGAGAUUGGUUCAGGGCUCUGAGAGUCUGGAGAGUUGUUUGCAUUUGAAUCUGAUUGAUCAUCUUAAUGCUGAGAUCGGCCUGGGCAGUAUCUUGGACGUUGAAUCGGCUGUCAAAUGGCUUGCUGGUACAUUCUUGUUUGUGAGACUGCGUCGAAAUCCGACGCACUACAAGCUCAAAGAAGGUGCAAACCAGGAAGAUGAAGAUGAAUUGCUUCGCCAGAUCUGUGAGAAGGAUAUCGAUCUUCUUCGAAAAUGCGGUCUGGUUGAAGCCGAGAGCCUUUGUUCGACCCAGUUUGGCGACGCUAUGGCUCGGUACUACAUCCGAUUCGAGACUAUGAAAGUGCUACUUUCGCUGAAGCCGAAAGCAACGUUGUCUGAAACACUUAACGUGAUCGCACAAGCCGAAGAAUUCCGCGAGAUCCGCCUCAAAGCCGGUGAGAAACUACUAUACCGAGAGAUAAAUCGUGACUCAGGCAUUCGCUUCCCCAUCAAAGUCGAUCUAGCCCUCCAGGCCCAUAAGAUUUCACUACUCCUUCAAUCCGAGCUAGGGGCAAUUGAGUAUCCCGACAACGAGCCACUCCAAAAACACAAAUUCACCUUUCAGCAAGACAAAGGUCUAGUCUUCUCGCAUGUCAAUCGACUGAUCCGCUGUCUGAUCGACUGCCAAAUUGCCCGCGGUGACUCAAUCGCGAUCCGCAAUGCCCUUGAACUCGCCCGGAGCUUCGGAGCAAAGGUCUGGGACCACUCGCCUCUCCAGAUGAAGCAGAUCGAGCAAGUGGGUGUGGUUGCAGUUCGGAAGUUGGCUGCUGCUGGUAUUACCAGUAUUGAAGGGCUGGAAUGUGCGGAGGCUCAUCAGAUUGAGAUGGUUCUUAGCAAGAAUCCACCUUUCGGGUCGAAGUUGCUCUCGAGAUUGAAGGAGUUUCCGAAACUGAGGGUUUCUGUGAAGAUGCUUGGAAAGGAAGUGAAAAUCAACUGUGUCAAUGUCCGAUUCAAGGUUGAAGUCGCGUUCAUGAACGACAAGAUCCCGACGUACUUCCAACGUCGCCCUGUUCAUGUGUGUUGCUUGAUAGAGAGGUCCGAUGGCCAUCUGAUCGAUUUCAGACGCGCAAGUGCGACCCAGCUCCAAGAGAGAUUGGAAAUUGAACUCACCGCGGACUUGACGAGCGCGGACCAUGUCAUUGCGUGCCACGUCAUGUGCGAUGAAAUCGGUAAGACUUUGAACGCGAACAAAAGCGGUUGGAUCACUUAUGGUCAUACUGACAAUUUUCCAGCGGGGACGUGGAGACAAGCUGAGCUCAGACCUAACCUGCCAUCUCACCUAUUUGCUGCUAUGCGAGCUAAGGAUACCGGUGCCCAAAAUACUGGAAAAUCGAACCUACAAUCUCGACAAGUCAAGUGGAAUUUGAAUUCUAUAGACCCAGAGAAACCGAAAACCAAUGCAUUUCGUCCCCACGAACGAGAUAUGACUAGUAUCAAGGCCAAGCCUCGGCGGGACGUGGACGAUUUUGAUGGUGAUGACUUGCAGCUCGAUGAUUUCCUCGUCGCGAAUGAACGCCGUGGAAAAACAAAGGAAUCUACAAAGCCACAAUCUCGGCAGUUUGAUGAUAUAGACUGGUUUUCAAUCGACGCAACACCACCUAGUCCAGCCAAGGCAGCGCCGAAGUUCUCAAACCCCCGAGAAGAUGACUGGGCGAUAGAUAUAGACGAGCCAGAGGAAGAGUACGAGCCAGUCAGACUUGCGAAUGGCAAAUGGGCUUGCAACCACAAAUGCAAAGAUAAAACAAGCUGCAAACAUUUCUGCUGUCGCGAGGGCUUGGAAAAACCCCCGAAGCCACCGAAGCGGACCAUGCCCACGACUCAAAAGGAAGGUAGUCUCAAUCAACUGACCAUCUCCGCCAGUAUCACGAAGGCAACUUCAACCAAUAACUCGAGCUCAGGAAACCAAGUGCCCAAACCACGCGUCACGGGACCUAAGAAUGACGACCCUGUUUCAAAGGUGAAGAAGAUAUCGACGUCGCACGCUGGAAAAAAGAACCCAGGUCGAGAGAAAACUGUCCUUUCGGAGAGGGACAAGAACAUUCCUUCAUAUAAGAGAAAGAGGGAAAACAGUCCAACGAAACCCCUCUCCAGUGAUUAUGGCGAUGAAAAUUUUGAUGAUUUACCAUCUCCAUCACGUCUUCUCGGGAACAGGAAAUCGGGGUUUGCCGCAUCGGUCUCUCCAGUGGUGGGUGACCGGGCGAAGAAUAGCAUAACGGAUGUUGCUGUUAAGGAAAUCAAGCAUACAGAGCCCGACCUCUCGCCCUCUGCUUCGCUGUCCGGUCUUCCCCAAAAAGACCAACACGAGAUUAUCGAGAUCCCGGACGACACACCACCAGACUCAGCGGAAUUGCCAAUGGCAACAGACAAAAAGCCUCCUGUAAAACAGAGCACAGUGCUACCCCUAAUAGUAGAUAAACUCAACCUGAAACGGAAGGCGAGUGAAGACGAAACGCGAACGGAAGAGGACAAAAAACGGGUGAAGCAAAGUCCUUUUGUUUCUGCUUUACAGGUCCACGCUUGCGACCUUCUGAACGAUGAACAACCACUGAGCCCUGAGCAGCCUGCGUCUCCUGUUUCUCCCGCGGCUGUUUCUCCUAUGGUCGGCGGUCGGAUGGAUUUGACUGCAGCAUGGGACGACGAUGGAAUCGACCUGCUUGAUGAGUUCAAGGAUAUUAUUAAAAUUAUUUAA